CCUUUCUUAACUUUACCGUUGAAGGUCAGAUUCGUCGUGCCUGCAAUGCAAGCACUAUUUUUGGAAAACUGUCGAUUACCAAAACAUAUUACUGUAUCGUUGGGUUCCAUAGAGGAUCUAUUAGAGGAGUCGAGAACUUAUGAAAAGGAAGUUUUGUCCGCCGUUGAUAAUGCAGCAGCUGAUUUGGAAAAUAUAAAAUGUUAUAUUUGUCAAAGUGAGAUUGACGUAGAUAAGGAAUGCUAUAUCGAAUGCUGGUACUGUCAGCGUUUCCAGGGUCACAUUUUGUGCCUAGGGAGAGAAUGGACCAAACCAUUUGAUCUUUUGCCAAUACAAGGACAAUGCCAGAACUGCCGG